AUGACUAUUGGUGAUUUGCUGAAAGCCAAACACAAUGAUCAAAAGCCAGAGCUGUCAAUCCAAGAACCAAACAAGAAGAAACAAAAGAUUAUUGGCCGAACUCUUGGAUCAUUGACAGAAGAAUCAAAACUUGUAACAAUUCAACCAAGCAACAGCAAAGACAAAACACAACAUCAAUAUAAAACUGAAAUGCUUAUCAAUGAUGAAAAUGGAGCCCAAGUUUCAUUCAUUUCGAAUUUUGUCUCGAAACCAGACUCGAAAGUACUCUUCAACAAGAUUCUCUCCACUUGCACUUGGAAAACCAAAACUUAUAAUUAUGGAGGGAAGGACGUGAUAUCACCUCGAGAAUUUUGUGGCAUUUCUUCUCAGAGUGAAUGGAGCAAAAUACCAGAGCUUAUCUCUCUCAAGGAACGAAUUGAAAAGUUCACAAAUCACACCUUCACUUAUUGUUUCAUUAACAAGUACAAGGAUGGAAAUGAUUCAAUAUAUUGGCAUUCAGAUAAAGAGAAGGGACUCAAGAAGGGAUGUCCAAUCGUAUCGAUUUCUCUUGGCCAAGAAAGGGAUUUUCAAUUUAGACCAAAAAUAUCUAAGAAUUCCAAGCAACAGAAGGAUGGAAACAUCAUUGAAAAGAACCUUCCCGAUGGUUCAAUGGUUGUUAUGAAUUAUGAAACUCAAGAAUACUAUGAACACUCCUUACCAAAAAGAAGAAAUAUUCACAACAUUCGUCUGAAUCUCACAUUUCGAAAUUACGUAUAA